CCCACAGCCGGCCGACCUGCGGCACCUAGUUCUCUUCAAGAAAAUGAAUUUGGCUGAGAUUUGUGACAAUGCAAAGAAAGGAAGAGAAUUUGCACUUCUUGGAAACUAUGACUCAUCAAUGGUAUAUUACCAGGGCGUGAUACAGCAGAUUCAGAGACAUUGCCAAUCAGUCAGAGACCCGGCUGUCAAAGGCAAAUGGCAACAGGUUCGGCAGGAAUUACUGGAAGAAUAUGAACAAGUUAAAAGUAUUGUCAGCACUUUGGAAAGUUUUAAAAUUGACAAGCCCCCAGAUUUCCCUGUGUCCUGUCAAGAUGAGCCAUUUAGAGAUCCUGCUGUUUGGCCGCCUCCUGUACCUGCAGAACACAGAGCUCCACCUCAGAUAAGGCGUCCCAAUCGAGAAGUAAGACCUCUGAGGAAAGAAAUGCCCGGAGCGGGAGCCCGGGGACCUGUGGGCCGAGCACAUCCUAUAUCGAAGAGUGAAAAACCCUCCACCAGUAGAGACAAGGAUUAUAGAGCAAAAGGAAGAGAGGAUAAGGGAAGGAAGAAUAUGCAAGACGGUGCGAGCGAUGGUGAAAUUCCCAAAUUUGAUGGUGCAGGCUAUGAUAAGGAUCUGGUAGAAACUCUUGAGAGAGACAUCGUAUCCAGGAAUCCUAGCAUUCAUUGGGAUGACAUAGCAGAUUUGGAAGAAGCUAAGAAGUUGCUCAGGGAAGCUGUUGUUCUGCCAAUGUGGAUGCCUGACUUUUUCAAAGGGAUUAGAAGGCCGUGGAAGGGCGUAUUGAUGGUUGGACCCCCCGGCACUGGGAAGACUAUGCUAGCUAAAGCUGUUGCCACCGAAUGUGGCACAACAUUCUUCAAUGUUUCCUCUUCUACACUGACAUCUAAAUAUAGAGGUGAAUCUGAGAAGUUAGUCCGUCUCUUGUUUGAAAUGGCUAGAUUUUAUGCACCCACCACAAUCUUCAUUGAUGAGAUAGAUUCCAUCUGCAGUCGAAGAGGAACCUCUGAUGAACACGAGGCAAGUCGCAGAGUCAAGUCUGAACUACUCAUUCAGAUGGAUGGAGUUGGAGGAGCUUUAGAGAAUGAUGAUCCUUCCAAAAUGGUUAUGGUAUUGGCUGCUACUAAUUUCCCAUGGGACAUUGAUGAAGCUUUGAGAAGGAGAUUAGAAAAAAGGAUAUAUAUACCUCUCCCAACAGCAAAAGGAAGAACUGAGCUUCUGAAGAUCAAUCUUCGUGAGGUUGAACUGGAUCCUGACAUUCAGCUGGAAGAUAUAGCAGAAAAGAUUGAGGGCUAUUCUGGUGCUGAUAUAACUAAUGUUUGCAGGGAUGCCUCUUUAAUGGCAAUGAGACGGCGAAUCAAUGGCUUAGGUCCAGAAGAGAUCCGUGCACUUUCUAAAGAGGAACUUCAGAUGCCUGUUACCAAAGGAGACUUUGAAUUGGCUCUUAAGAAAAUUGCUAAGUCUGUCUCUGCUGCAGACUUGGAGAAGUAUGAAAAAUGGAUGGUUGAAUUUGGAUCUGCUUGA